CUCCGCCUCCUCCUCCGCCCCUGCGCCCUCCCCGGCUGGAAAGCGGCAAAGGGCUAAAGGCGCUUGCCGCGGCUUCUGGGCGAGAGGGACAGUCGGCGUUGUUGUCCGCUGCUGCCCAAGGAGGAAGCGAGCACGCGAGGAAGAGCCGCUGCUGCCAUGGGGCGAGUGCAAGGAGGGAUGCGCUGCGUCAAGUUCCUGCUCUUUCUUUUCAACUUCAUCUUCUGGUUGGCAGGUUCAGCUGUUAUCGCAUUUGGACUAUGGCUGCGGUUUGGAAAUGUUAUAAGAGAUUUAGCAACUGAUGAGGCCUCCCCAGAAUAUUUUUAUAUGGGACUGUAUGUCCUGAUAGGAGCAGGAGUACUGAUGAUGGCAGUGGGAUUUUUUGGAUGCUGUGGAGCUGCACGAGAGUCUCAGUGCCUGCUUGGAGCAUUUUUUACUUGCUUGUUGGUGAUUUUUGCUGCUGAAAUCGCUGCAGGGGUUUUUGCUUUUCUGGGCAAGAAAACGGCAGUCAACGAAGUCCAAGCUAUCUAUGAGAAAGCUUAUGAAAACUACAUCAGUGAUCAAAGCAAAAACAAAACAAUCAUCAGAUUUCAUGAUGCACUUCAAUGCUGUGGGAAAGACAGUGACACUCAAGUAAAACCCACCUGUCCAAAAGAAAUUGUGUCAUCUAAAAACUGUCUGACUGAAAUAGAGACUCUUGUUAAUUCAAAUCUUCAUUUACUUGGCAUUGUUGGGAUUACAAUUGCUGGAAUCACAAUCUUUGGCAUGGUCUUCAGCAUGGUCCUUUGUUGUGCUAUCCGAAAUACAAGAGACAUGCUUUAGAAUGUUUCCUGUAUCGUGUUAUUUCGAACCCAGGACUGAAAGAAAAGCUGCAACACAGUUCUGAAGAAGUGCUUGCCCACUCAACUUAACAACUGUAAUCCAUUUUAAUUAGAUGUUAAUCAACUGACAGAAAAGAGGGAUGUAGAUAAGUUCAAGAGCUUCCUGUGAUUGCAUUUAAAAUGUUUAAACAAUUAAGAUAUGAGCAAUAAGAUAGGCUAACAAUCCCUUUUCAAGGCCAACAGUGAUAUCUAAAACUAAAAUUUAUUUGAAGUAUGACUUUGCACAGGUAUGGAGGAAUAGGCCCUGUAUGUAUGUGUGCUUGUUUGGGUGCUGAUGCACUUAUAGCUGUAUAUACAGUUCCUUUUAUUGUAUGUAUGUUUUGUGAGUAUCUUUAUCUGCAUGCAUAUUUCUGUACACUUGGAUACUUUUCCUGGUAAAAGGUUUUUCAAAAUUGGGUCCUCAUUACUAAUCAUUUCUGGAGAAGCAAAUUUCUUUAGGGAAAUGAGUAAUCUGUCGUAUCUUCUUUCAGUCUUUGGAAUGUGCCAUUUAAGAUAAUGUCAGGCAGGAAAGACUAGGACCACAGGUGUAAAGUGAUUUAUUACUACUAUUGCCUAUGCAAAGAAUCUACUCAACUAAUGGGUAGCACUGUUUUGACUUUAGAUAAUAGUCAAAGGAAGUCAAGAGGGGGGGACUUAGUCCAGUUGUGGGUAUGUAGAGACUCUAGGUUGAUUCCUCUUUUUACUCUGCCUAUGGGUUCUGCCUCUUUUCCUGUGGAUAACUAUAUUUAAAGAAUGUGUUCUGCUUCUAGGCAGCUCUCCUCUUGGAAGCGUGUGUGUAUUUAUAUAUUUAGUUAUAUGCAGAAUUAUUUAUAUGAUAGAGAUUGAUGGGGAAUUCUUUGACCUUUUUAAAGAAAAGCAGAGCAAAUACUAAGAGAUAGUACCAAACCAGGAGAGAUCUGUUAAAACCCAAGCGUUUAUUGGGACCAAAUAUCCUGUCCAGUCAUGUUUUUAUAUAGGGUCUAUUUAAAACAUGACCAGGUACCUCGAUUAGAAACUUAAUUUCAUUCAAAAAACUGUUCCUUGCUUGGGAUAUUUUUUCCAAAUGCUAUUUAGUAUCUAUUGUCUUAAUUAUUUUUAAUAUGGACCAGAAAACCUUACCGUAGCAUAAUCUAAAAUUGAUGCCCAAAUUAUUUUAUAUGUUUACUAUUAUGAUUACACAAUGCACACCAUAUCCUUUCAUGCCACUGUAACAUAUCCCUUAAACUAAGUAUGUUGAUACAAAAUCAAUUCCUGUUCAUUGGGACUUACGCUUUCAUUAAUACCCUUAGGAAUGCAGCUUAGUUAUUUGCCGCAGAGACCAUAAUAACCAUAAUGCUAUUUGCAACUUUUUAUUUGUUAUAACAAUUGUUUGUUAACCAUGUGCUUUCAUUGAAAUCAAUACUUCUCAACCUUGGGUAAAAAUUAACUCAAUUUGUGCAUGAAUAUUUGUGUGUUUAAAAGAAAUGUUCUUAAAAUAACAUGUCCAUCCACAAAUACGCAAGGCAGUUAUGUGGCAUUUUGAAGCUCAAAGCAAACUUCAAAAGCAUGAGACAAGUACAUCAGAACAGGAUUAGGUGUAUAGGAGAAUAUAGACAGUUCCUGAAGAUCAUGAAGACCAUGCAUUACAUUACAGGAAUUGUCAUUAAUGAUUGUCAAAAAUAAUAACUAGUAAUGGUGACAGUUAUGCAACCAUCCCAGGCAUAGAAUUCAUACUAAGCUUCACUCUAGUUGUUUGAACCAUGGGCACUAAUACAUUUGGAAAAAGCAGAAAGCUUAUAUUGAAAGAUAAAUUCUACAUGUUUAAAUUUGUCCUAAAUCCUGUAUGUAAAAAAAUUAUAUCAGACAAAUUAAUCUUCAUAGUUCAGUCUUUUGCUUUAUCUAUGUUCUCAGACUGCUAGAAAUCAGUACAGCCAAUGAGUGCUCAAAGAAAAACUAUUUGUUCCUGCCAGAAAUGUGUACAGCACAUGCCAAAAUCAGUCAUAAAAUUAAAACCCUGCCUUUAGUGUUCUGGCUAUAGAGCUAAAAUUAAAACAUUGAGAGAUGAGCAAUUGUACUUUAAUACACUCUGUUUUUAUUACCUCUGAAAAUUUAAUUACUGCAUGUUAUUUUAACUACAUCAAACUUUUACCUAGUCAUGGCAUGGCUAUCUAAAACUGGAUAAAUGUAGAAAUGAUACAAUGCUCUUAAAAUACCUCAAGGCUGUUUACAGCUUAUAAUUGUGCUUUGUCUUGUUUAUAUUAAUUUCUACUAAAUUAUAUAUUAAAAAUUAUUUAGUAAAAUUAAGCUAGCCAGAGGAAAAUCAUUGUGGUGCAGUCUUAAUAUACUGUAUUACAAUCAAUGGGGUUCUACCAGUGACUUAAAUGGAAAGUGCAUUGUGGGAACUUUUAAAUGUCCCUUUCCAGACUAGCUAUAAUUUUAGGAAUCAGAACUCUAGCAAUAAUUCAGUCUUUCUGUCUCUUUUUAUUUAGUUGUUUAAUUUUCUUUUAACUAGAAACAGGCCAUCUAAAACAAUAUGUUAGGAAAUUUUCAAUUGUUAAUAAAACACCCUCUUAUAUUAUGUUUUUCAUGCACAUUUUUCAUCAAAAUAUAUUCAAAGCAUAUUUGAUUUCAGGGGUCUUCAUUUGAAAUUCAGUGUGCUGAGAACUCUACUUAAGCAUCAGGUGGGGCAUCCAGCCAGUAAAUGCUCAGCUCCAUCCAGUUGCCUCAACUCUACCCUGAAUUAAGGGAUUACAGGGUUGUAAAAAGGGAGUUACUCAAGUGUAUGUGUGUAUAUGUGCGUUGAAGAGUGAAAGUGAUAAGUGCCCCAAGUUGUGUGAGUUAUUCCCUGUUUUUUCUCAGUCUUUUAUUGUGUGUAUUCCCCAUCUCUCCAACAAAUUUCAAUUAACUCUACUACUUGGCCCAGAUAAGUUAUUUGGACCCAUUAGAAAAUAACUCAAGAGACAGGAAAUAUACCUAAGGAAAGUAUCAAAAGCCUAAUUCACUAACUGCCCGUGAGACCAGUUGGAUGCUGGCAUUUUCCUGAAGUCCAGAUAUGGGUCUCAUAAUGGAGAAGAUAUUACUAGAGGUCUGAGAACCUAAAUGAACUGCCUGGUUACUUAGGAUGCAGUUUCAUCAGUUCUGAAGUAAUUCCUAUCAGGAAUUUCUGUUUAACAGAAACAGAAAUAAGUAUGUAAUAAUUUUUCACUUUAAAAAGGUCAUUGGUAUUAACUGUCAUAAAAUUAAGAGUCUGGAAUCAAUUUCUGCUAACUUUCUGUUUUGAAAAUGAUUUUUGGGAAUUUUUAUUCCAGAA